AACACAAAGAAGCUGUGGCUGAUAAUGCAGUGCUUUCAUGUUGAUGUGUGUUUGCCCAGCCUUUCUAUUUAAAGUUAGUUUCGCAAACUCAAAAGAGAGCUCUGGGGAUGGCAAGCAGGCAGUUGUAAUGUAGCAGAGAUGGAGAAAAAGAUCGGAAGAGUUUGAAGUUCAAAAGAUUUUUGGUCUUUCUUCAUUGCUGUGUAUCUGUUGUGGGAGGAAGGAAGACCUGCAAGAAGAUUCAUUCAGGAGGGUAUCUUUGUCUCGACUUGAGCUGGGUGUGCCGUCAAGAGAAAAACCCAGCAACAUGGAGAAGUUUAAAGCAGCCAUGGUUCUCGGUGCUGUUGGGGAUGCAUUGGGCUACAGGAAGGGUCGCUGGGAAAACUGCCCAUCAGGCAAGAAGAUCCAAGAAGAGCUGGCUUCUAUGGGGGGACUAGAGUCCCUAAAACUGGACCCUGAGAACUGGCCCCUGAGUGAUGCAGUACUGAUGCACAUGACCACAGCUGAAGCACUCACAACAGAUUACUGGUGUCUGGAGGACCUGUACAGGGAGGUGGUGCGUCUCUAUGUGGAAGCCAUGGUCUCUCUCCAGGGACGAGCUCCUGAUCCUGCGACCGUGGAGCCCUGCGUUCACCUAAAACCUCACAACUUCCUGCUCGCUUGGCAUACACCUUUCAAUGAAAAAGGGUCUGGGUUCGGAGCAGCAGCCAAAGCGAUGUGUGUUGGAAUGAGAUACUGGCAGCCAGAGAGGGUGGAUAACUUGGUGGAGGUCAGCAUCGAGAUUGGCAGAAUGACCCAUAACCACCCAACAGGCUUCCUUGGCUCCCUGACAACAGCAUUAUUUGCAUCCUUUGCAAUCCAGGGGAAGCCUCUUGUGACUUGGGGCUGUGAGCUCAUGAACGUCAUCCCCCGUGCUGAGGAGUACUGCAAGAAGACAAUACGACACAUGGCAGAGUACCAAGAAAACUGGUUUUAUUUUGAGGCCAAGUGGCAGUUUUACCUUGAAGAGCGAGAGAUUGACAAACAGGGACAAAAUAAACCAUCAUUUUCUGAUGGCUAUGAUGCAGAGGAGACAGAUAAAAUGUACAAGCGUUGGAGCUCAGAGGGUCGAGCAGGGCGGAGAGGUCAUGAUGCUCCCAUGAUUGCCUACGAUGCACUUCUGGCUGCAGGAAGCAAUUGGACAGAGCUCUGUAAACGAGCCAUGUUUCAUGGAGGUGAGAGUGAAGCCACAGGCCUCAUUGCAGGCUGCCUCUAUGGACUCAUGAACGGCCUAAAUCAGGUUCCCCAGAAUCUGCACCGGGAUUUGGACAAAAGAGAACGCCUGGAGGAGCUGGGAGAGGCACUCUAUAAGGCAGCAUCUGCAGAGAAAUGCAUAGAGAAGUAAUCCUGAUCUUCACUGAGCUGAACUAUACUAUCAGAGGAACUGAACAUGACGCUUCCCUGUGCCUGACACCACCUUCCUCAGUCCCAGUAGUUUUAUGGGACAUGCUGUCCUCUUCUCACCUCACUUAUUGCUCUCAAUGAUUUUUUCUGUCCACUAUCCACACAUCUGUCAUAAGUUUUAGUAAAAGGUCAAAUUAUGUCUCACUAAAGAAGUGGGACCAAGAAGCAUUAAAAGAACGGAACUGAA